UGAUGAGUCAGGAAUGUGGUCGCAUGCCUUACGCAUGAGCUAUUACUGAACACAGGCCCCGGUAGAGCUCGGCCAGCGCGCUCAUUCACAGACGGGGAGGGCGCGAGCGAGCGGAGAGGGAGGAGGCUCCACAAUAGAGAGGCAGGAGCGCGCCGAGCCCGAGUCAGAAGCGGAGAGACGCGCGCGAGGAAAGAGUGCCUUUUCAUCCCCAGAGGAGACGCCUCCACCUCUGAUCCGUGCCCAGGGCUCGUCUGUGGAUCGUCGCCUGGAUGCCCGUUGACCUGGUGAUCCCUCCCCGGCUGUGGACAGACAUGCACGAGAGCGAGAUGAGGCUGAAGAUGCGCGUGAGGCGCAUCAAGGAAGGGCGAGAUCUGAGAGGUGGCUUUGCAGCUUUCUCGUCCUGUUUUCCUGACCUGUGUGAGAGUAAACCCGCCACUCUUCUACCUCUCAGCCUGUCCCAGCCCUGUUUACCGGCGCCCAACAUCGGCCCCACCCGGAUCCUGCCCCACCUCUACUUGGGCUCCCAGAGAGACGUCCUCAAUAAGGAACUGAUGACUCAGAAUGGAAUCACCUACGUUCUAAAUGCCAGCAACACCUGCCCCAAACCUGACUUCAUCAGCGACAAGCACUUCAUGCGCAUUCCCGUCAACGACAGCUACUGCGAGAAGCUGCUCCCGUGGUUGGAAAAAACCAACGAGUUCAUUGACAAAGCCAAGGUGUCGAACUGCAGAGUCAUCGUCCAUUGCUUGGCUGGCAUAUCCCGCUCUGCAACCAUCGCCAUCGCCUACAUCAUGAAAACUAUGGGCCUGUCUUCAGAUGAUGCCUACAGGUUUGUAAAGGACCGUCGGCCAUCAAUAUCACCAAACUUCAACUUCUUAGGUCAGCUGCUGGAGUUCGAGAGAGGCUUGCAGAUGAAGAAGAGUCUACCCUGUGACCCUAUAAGGUUAGCCGGGAAUCCGACCGAAGAGGUGGCAGAGGUAGAGCGGACGCCGCAAGCAGCAGAGAUCACCUUAAAACCUCCAUCGCCUACCUCUCUGCAGAAAGACCUAAGCUCACUUCACCUGUCCACCGAACGAAUCCUUCAAAACAAACGACUCAAGUGCUCCUUCUCCCUGGACAUCAAGUCUGUGUACUCCUCGAACCAAAGCCAGCAAUCUUCUCCCAACUCCUCAUCGGACUCUGAAAGCGUACCCAAACUCUGCAGACUCAAGAACGGCAACGGAGUAUGCCAGUACACUUCAACGAUCAACCCUAAGGAGUCGCAGUGUACUAGCAAGUCCAGGACGAGCCAGAAAAGCGAGAGCUGGGAAAAUGGUGGCUUGGAGAGGUUAACUCUUUCCCUCAAUCUGAAGCAGGGCCCAAGACCGCAGGAUGCCAAUUGCGAGACCAACUUGAAGGCGCCGUCUUUCCUUAGCUUGCCGCUGGGUACAUCUGCUUCUUGGACCAUGCACAGAGGCUCGAAUGAAGCCACCACCCCAAUCACACCCACGGGAGACUGCCCUUGGUUCUUAGGCGCUAAUUUGGCACCGUCUGGAACAGGGAGCACCGUGCAUUUUGGCAGCGGUUCUUACAGUCGCAUUGGCCAAGCUGGCAACUCCAAGCCCAGGGACAAACCGCCGGAGCCGCUGGACUUUCAAAACAGUUGGCUCGAGGACGGGAAAGCAGUAGUGUGCAGUGUAUCGCAAGUGGACUCCAAGUACAAGCGCCGCAGCUGCCAGAUGGAGUUCGAAGAGGCUAUAAACACGACGCAAAGCAGCGAGGAAUUCGGGAAGCUGGGCAAGCAGUCCAGUUUCUCUGGUAGCAUGGAGGUCAUCGAGGUAUCCUGACAAAGAUGACAUGAAGGCAAUAACUCUAUUUAUUAAAGAGUUCUGUUGUUAAAGAGCUUUGCAUCUUGGAGGGACUCGUGCCUGAUGCCUUUUUCAAACUAGGGUUGAAAGGGUGUAGUUUAGGUAUACAAGGAUACGCUAAACACGCUGUCCUUUUGGUUUUUUUGCCAAAAGCCAAGUCUCUGGUAUGGUGCUGGACUACAAGUUUUUUCAAGGAGCUUAUAGACUGUGAUAUGCACUCACACCAAAGACCUCACAGAGUGACCUUUUCUGGCGUAUCAUCUCAAAAUGAAGGAGCGCGACGGAGGAUAUCGCUCUAGCAUGACCAUGCAAAGACGCUAAACACGAAAGAAUGAAACGAGUGUGUGUAUGCGUGUGUGUUUUGAUGCAAAUUAGGGCAGUCGCACUUAACGGUGACUUCUGAGGGAGAACUGUACGUAUGCCCGACUUUGAGAAGAUUGCUGUGCGACCUUUAUUUUUUUUUUUGUCAUUGCCCGACGUUCUAUUUAGCUGUAAAUUGAAUAAACGAGGGCAGUUGCAUUCAGUAACGUCACUAUUCAGUGUUAUAUAUUUUAUCAAGAGUGAAAAUAUGAAGUGUAUGUUCAAGCUGAGAUAUUCUCAGACCUACUACUGUGCACUGAGCAUGCUCAGAAUGGCUGGCUACCUACAGACAGACAAGCUGCAUCCAGCAGCACUAUGUACUACGCUGUAAAUCUAAACAUAUUUACAUAUACAGUAUGUGUAAAAAAUUUACUUCAAUUUAAAUGGUCUAUUUAAAGUUUCAUGCAUUGUUGCUUUAAUUUAUUGUAUUGGUUUCAUUCUGGCAAUGAGCAAUAAUAUAUUAUAUGAAAGCA